CACCUCUCAUUCCCUCCUUCUCCUUUCACCCCACACCACCAAACAUCAAGAUUUCCACCAUUGUGAUAAGAAUCUAAAAGACCCUCAAACAAAAGCCAGAUUUAUUUCCCAUACUUCCCUCUUUCCCUUCCUCUUUGGCUGGCUUCUUGCUCCUCCAUAUCAGCCUCUCUUUUUUUUGCAUUGCAGAGCUAAGAAAAAAAGUGACCCUUAACCAUGUCUUGCUCAAAUUUGACAAUGUUGGUAUCCUCAAAACCAUCUCUUUCUGACUCCUCUGCACUUUCUUUCCGCUCUUCUGUCAGCCCUUUUCAGCUUCCUAACCACAACACAUCAGGCCCUUCAAACCCCUCAAGAUCAUCAUCAGUCACCCCUGUUCACUGUGGUCUUCGUGAUCUACGUGAUCGGAUUGAAUCAGUCAAGAACACCCAGAAAAUUACUGAGGCUAUGAAGCUUGUUGCUGCUGCUAAAGUCAGAAGAGCUCAAGAAGCUGUUGUGGGUGCUAGGCCUUUCUCUGAGACUUUGGUUGAGGUCCUUUACAACAUUAAUGAGCAGCUUCAAACUGAUGACAUUGAUGUUCCCCUCACCAAAGUAAGACCUGUGAAAAAAGUGGCUUUGGUUGUUGUCACUGGUGACCGUGGUCUUUGUGGUGGUUUUAACAACUACCUCAUCAAAAAAGCUGAGGCUAGGAUUAGAGAUUUGAAAGCUCUUGGCAUUGAUUACACUAUUAUCAGUGUUGGCAAAAAGGGUAACUCUUAUUUCAUCCGCAGGCCUUACAUUCCUGUAGAUAAGUUCCUUGAAGGAAGCAAUUUGCCCACUGCUAAAGAUGCUCAGGCCAUUGCUGAUGAUGUUUUCUCGCUUUUCGUGAGUGAAGAGGUUGACAAAGUUGAGCUUUUGUACACAAAGUUUGUGUCUUUAGUGAAAUCUGAGCCAGUGAUUCACACCCUGCUUCCAUUGUCACCAAAGGGAGAGAUUUGUGACAUCAAUGGGAACUGUGUUGAUGCAGCAAAUGAUGAGUUCUUUAGGUUGACAACAAAGGAAGGAAAAUUGACAGUGGAAAGAGACAUUAUAAGGACUAAAGAUAUUAUGAGGACUAAAACAACUGAUUUUUCGCCAAUCUUGCAAUUUGAGCAGGACCCUGUUCAGAUUCUUGAUGCCUUGCUUCCACUUUACUUGAACAGUCAAAUCUUGAGGGCAUUGCAGGAGUCAUUAGCCAGUGAGCUUGCUGCUAGGAUGAGUGCCAUGAGCAGUGCAACAGAUAAUGCAACUGAAUUGAAGAAGAACCUCUCUAGAGUCUACAACAGACAGCGUCAGGCAAAGAUUACAGGAGAAAUAUUGGAGAUUGUUGCUGGAGCAGAUGCCUUGGUUUAAGCAUACUUCUUCUUGUUCCCCUGCAAUUGUGCUUCUCUGUAGGUACAAUAAUGAAGUCUAGACAAUUCUUAUUUUCUGCUUCUCAGCCUCGUACAGACUUUGUGCACAAGAUGAGAACCACAUUAUAUUUUGUACACAAGGCCGGAUCAAACGUAUAUUUGUAUUUCAAUUUUUCCUGCUAUAUUUGUAAAACAUGAAUUAUUGAAAGCCCGAAGAUUCACUUCCUCGUAUAGCUUUUCGUC